AUGCCGGUACAGGCCGCGCAGGAGGAUAGAUUGUGGAAGGACCUGUGUCACCGGAGAUGGCGCCGGGUCAACGUCGACGUUGCCCGCCCCAACAACAGGACGUGUGACGGCGGCGGCGGCGUCAUCGGGGGGCAUCAGGCUGCGUACGCGUCGCUCAACGGCUGGCGCGACCCAACGAACAGACUGAGGCGCACAAUCCUGUCCACUGCUCCGAACGAUGCUGUGGUGAGUACGUAUUCGGGGAAGUGAGUAGGGGUGCGCGCCGCACACGGGUGAUUAUCCAAGGAGAGAAGAGAGAAGGAGACUCCGUUGGGGGCGGAUGACAUGUUUUUUUUGGUGGAAGCCCUCGAGAUCCUGGUCAAAGGGCACACCACGGACUGGCACUUGUCGAGCGCGAUGCGCCCGCUCUUGUGCCGGCAAGCGACCAUGUACACAAUCCAGCAAGAAUCUAGUCCGGUUGGUAGUCACACCACAGACUCCACCUGUCAAGGGGUUCUGGGCUUCUCUUGCGCCGCCAAGCGACCAUGCACAAAUCCAGAAAGAAUUUCUAGCCGGCAGUCAACGCUGGGUUUUUGCGGUGGUUGCGUCAAAUCGUUGUUGACCGUGGCCAGUGGUGGAAAGGAGUCAGAAAUGCGGGUUCCCUUCCCUCUGCCGUUCCUCCUGUCAGAGACAUUAUUUUCAGAGUCCAACACUCUGUUUCGUUGCGGUCUUUCUCCCCCAUCCCCGUUUCGGAGCGUUUCCCAAGUGAAGCAAUCCGUUGCCUCAGACUGAGUCAUUGGAUAUUCCCGACCUUGCGACCCCUGCCGGCCUCCACCGCCCCCCUCUUCCCUUUAUGCCCUCGAGACCGGACGACGAUUUACCCGAGGGGCUCAAGCGGCGGCCCCCGGAGUUGGACAUGCGACGAACAUCUCCGGCAUGGACGUCGGCCUUCGUCGAGUCGUCGUUUGCUCCGCCGACUUCGCCUGGUACUACAACGUGCGGCAAGGCUCGAACACGUCGAGACAACGACGGCAGCAACCCCGAGACGCAACCAGCGGUAGUGCCAGUAUUGACAGCAGUGGAGGCGGUGGCCAAAACGGCGGAGGGGGUGCCGCCGAAUCAAUCGUCGAGUCUUUGUCGGGCGCUGCGGGGUCAUCUCGCACGCUACGGGGUUUCCAGCUGCCGUCGUCUGGCGUUGCAGAGGCGAGGUUCUCGGGGGACGGAGAGCGAUGCUUCUUCGGCACUGUCUCAGGCCACAUCUUCGUCCACGAAUGUGGUGGUGACGACGACGAUAAGGAUAGCAAGAGACACCGAUUUUCCGAGACUAUCGAGCCUUGGACACCGACCCUGGCGCUUUCGAGUCCCACAGGAAACCCUGUCGCCGUAAGACAGGUGGAGGCGAGAUUCGAGGGCGGGUGCCCAGGGGGAUCGCGGCUAGGAGUGUUGUGCCGACCCACUUUGGUAUGGCAGCCGAAUCUAGAGGGAUCGGGCGAGGGGGGCUACCUGUUCCUCGUCGACACCCAAGCGCAGGCGGUCACGCGGCAGAUGAACCUGGGAGGUGGCAGUCUCGGGGCAAGGAUUGACAUUCCCGACCAUGGAGCGCGGGGGAGCGGCGGUAAGCAUGGCCCCGCUCUCCUCCGAAGGCAUGCCUUGCUCCAAUGGCAGCGGCGAACUCUUCGCCGUCGGGUUCGGCGGGGGUACCGUCGCUGUUUUUGACGCCCGGUGCCACGAGGGCGGCGGGAUGGUGGGCGGGUUCAUUACGAGGCAUCGGUGGCUGAAGCGGCUGCGAAGUGCCGGGCCAUUGCUCAUGGCCUCCUACGGGAGAACAAAGAACAUCGAAACCUGGGACAUGCGAAGGCUGCCGUACCGGCCUACGCACGACCCCCCCCCCAGCUUGUCGUUACCCCGCCUGCGCGCCCCGCCGUGCCUCGCCGGCCUUGCGUGCCCGGCAAACUCGCCGGACUUUUGGGUGGAGCCGCACGGCCUCUGCGUAGCAGUGCACGGGGCUCCCAGACACAGCCAGCGUUUCGGUGCAAAGCACGCCUUCUGGCCUUGGCCUAGACAGGCCGGCAGCGUGGCAACGGUCUCUACAGAUCCCGCCGCGCCCGCGUGCUCGGCAAGGGGGGGUGGCGGAGGAGUUGAGAUUCCUGGAAGGUGUGUCGUGGUUCCCGGUGUGGUGAACGACUCGGGUUACCGGAUGUGUCUGUCGACCGGGGUCAAGUUCACCGACACGCACAUGGCCACGGUGCUCGACUCUUCUAGGGUGUUGGUCGACGAGAUAUCGGCGAUGCCGAGAGUCGCUCGCGGGUCCGGUGAUCGCGAGGGGGCAGACGUGACGUCACUGUUUCUCGCUGCUUGAGUUGAAGUAUGGAGCGACCGCAGUGCGGAGA